AUGGGAUCGACGGUAGACAUCACCUCGUCCUUCAUUGAGGGCGCGCCCUCCGGGGAACUCCAAGAUGUGAUCAAAGACAUCAAGGCCCUCACCUCCGACGACGACCCGGCCCUGAUCGCAAAGCUGAAGCCUGCGUUCGAGAAGUACAAUGAAGAGCAGAUGGUGGCUGUGAGGCCCCCUGGAGCAAGCGAUUAUGUCUUAAUAUCCUCCUACAACAAACUCUCCUCCGGGCAAUACUACGACACGCAGUCUGCCACCUCCUUCUCCUUCGACCACACGACCUCCAAGCCCUCCGCGCCGCAGUCCUACACGCACGACACCAAACACAGCGACCUCGUGUCGUCGAUCGUGAAGCAUCUCUCCGGGCACUUCGCCGAACACUACCCACCGACGUCCUCGCCCUCGGCAUUCACCGUGUGCGCCACGCCCGACGAUUCCCAAGUCGCGAUCCUGAUAUCCUCGCUGAAAUCCUCGCCCAAGAACUUCCUCAGCGGCCGCUGGCGGACCGCGGCCCUCUACAACCCGGCCUCCAACACCCUGUCCGGCGGGAUGAAGGUCGACGUGCACUACUACGAAGACGGCAACGUCGCGCUGUCGACCAAGAAGGAGUUCUCCAACGUCUCCGUCGACGGAGGGGCCAGCGGCGACGCCGUGGUGCGGAAGAUCGCCGCCAUCGAGAAACAGUACCAGGAAGAGGUAAACCGGACGAUCGUGGGCAUGAAUGAGACAAGCUUCAAAGCCCUGCGGCGGCAGCUGCCCGUCACGAGACAGAAGGUCGAGUGGGAGAAGAUCAGAGGCUACGGGCUUGGCGGAGAUCUGAGGGGGGAGGGCAAGCGGUGA